AUGAUCUUGGGAUGGGGUAACAGUAAAGGCAUAAAGAGGUGUUUCUCUAAAUUGGAACUGGCAGACAAUCUGAUGGAAAGUAUUGGCAUACCAAAAGCUUACACCAAAGUAACGAAGGUUCAAGCAAUAAAAGUCUGUUUUGGUUUUUUAUGUACCAUGGGAAUGCUUGCAAUUAUUUAUAUAACUUGCUUGCCAAAAAAUUUGCCCAUGGAAAUGAAAAUACUAACUUUUGUAUCGCUAGUAUAUCCGAUGACUCUAAUAUUUAUUACGGAUUCUACAUUUUCGAGUCUUGUAGGCUACAUACAAUACAAAUUCCGAAAAUUGAACGAAAAACUUGAAACCUCUUUGACGGGAACAAUCGAUUGUCCUCUGCAUAAAAAAAUCAGAUUAGGAUUUGAAUCGCAGAAAACUGUAACAAAAAACUAUUACCACAUAAUAAGAACAGCCAAAUAUGCUCAUUUAAAACUUAUGGAAGGAUGCCACGAGGCAAACGCCACCUACAGCCUACAAUUACUUUUAUCCAUUGGAGCGAUAUUUAUAAUACUGACGGGAAUGAUUUACAACACCUACAUCGUUUUAACUAAUAAAUAUUCGCACCAAGAGGUUGAAAAGUCAAUUGUAGUUACGUUUCUCUUGAUGACUUUAUACUCGUUAAAGUUGUAUUUCGUUUCAUGGAUCUGUAGCUCAUGUGCCGAGUCGUCGGGCAAGACUGGAGAUGUCAUCAAUCAGCUGUACGACGAAGAAUUUCUCCCGGAAGAAGCUCGAGCUGAGAUUCGGAGUUUUAAUCUGCAAUUGAUACAAAAACCAUUGAAAUUCACAGCGCACGGUUUUAUAGAUAUCGAUUGUGCAUUGAGAUGCAAGCUUAAAGAUAAUACCAAGUACAUACUUUCCACUUGCAGCCACAUGUACUUUUUAGGCUUCAAUGUUGUUACGAUUCUUUAUACUCUAUAA